AUGAACCGGAGACUCGAAGGCGAUCUCGGCGGAAUCAAACAGCGAUUUCACCUGGCUUGGCUCGGAGACAUUGGCCUUAACAACAAUCGCUCUUGUGGUGUAAUUGACGACGAUCCUCGCACCGAGUUCAGCGAGGUGGAUCGCUACAGCUCGCCCAAUUCCACGAGAGGAGCCGGUGACUAUGGCGACUCGGCCGGCGAGGGGAAGCGGCAACUGCGAAACUGA